ACCAGAGACUUCCAGCCUAUCAGGACGCGGGAAUCCGAUCACGUGUCCCUGUGACCGGGUGAAAGCUUCUUCCUACGUUCUAGAUUUCCGGCCUGAGUGCAGCCUGUGAGAUUGACAACGUUGCGAUGAGCCGGAUUUAUCACGACAGCGCCCUGCAGAACAAGCCUGUUCACGAUGAGCGGGUGCCUGGCCCCUGGGAGCCGGCUGCUUUCCAGCGGUAUGGCUGCAUGGGGUUGUCAUUGUACUAAUAGGGAUGGCGUAUCUUCCCCAGACAUGCGAAGCAAUACUGAGAUUAAAGAGAUACAUACUGUGUAUGCUAUAAAUUCUAGGUUAAUUCUAAUAUGGAUUGGAGGGCAGAAGUUUAAUUAAAAAAAAACAGUAUUUCAAAAAUAACACAGUAGGUAGGGCAGCUGGUAAAUAAUUGGUGCUGUUGGUACUAUAAAGGUAAUGCUACCUGUAAUAAUCUGCUUGUGAAAAGUAACUUGCUACCCUGUUGGAUAUCAUUACUAGUAUAUAGGGCAGUACUUACAAAGGUUUACCGAUCUUUAGCAACAUAUUUUUUUAGUCCCUCCCUCUUUUGUUCACCCCUCAAAUUUUAUUAAAUUUCUCCUUCACUUAGAACACUCCAUGCACCAUAACCACUGCUGCUUGCUCUGCCCUGGCGCCCCCAAUGUAAGGCGCCAAGCUGUUUUUGAAUGUAUUUACUUUUUACCUGGCAUUUGCUGGACACUGCUCCAGGCCUCAAAUAUUACAUAUUAUCAAAAUUGGCAAAUGGACCAAACACUUUAAUUUAAGGGGUGUGAGUAGGUAGGUGGUCAGGGACAGGACUGUUCUGAGACAUUUUAGGUAACUUACUAAUAAAAAAAAAGCAUGCAAAUAAAAUGUAAUUUAUAAUAAGAACAAUGUAUCUUAAUUACACAAAUUGAUUUCUAAAUAAAUUUAUUGUAAUUUAAAGACACUUUAUUUUGAGUUUUAUUGCGGCGGAGCUUUGUUAUACACUCAGACUCACCAAUAAUAUGAAGGUCCUGGAAGAGAGGGACAGUAGGAUAGAAGCGGGACAGAGAGAUUUGGGCCCCAAAUAAGGACUGUACCUACUAAAUAGGGACACUUGAGAGGUACACCACUAAUGAUGGGAAGCUGUAGGCUCCUAAAGUGGAACUUUUUAAAUUUAAUUUAAUUUUUUAAAAUUCUUUAUUUUUGUCGUGCACAGGUAAUAACACAAGCUUGUCUUGCUACGACAGCAAUGACCGGCAUCAACAUGAUAGAGCAUUGAUAAACAAUAGUGUGGCAGUUAAGAUAUUGCCACUUUUUUUUUAUGAGAGCAGUUAACAUGUUACUGACUAUAUUAUGAAUUCUGUGUGGUCUAACGGCAUGUGGCGUGACGUAAGAGCGUGAGCUGCAAAAGGUAGAUGGUGUUGGCAUGGGCGUCCGCAGGAAUUUUUCCAGGGGGGGCAUAAUUGUAAUGACAUCUAUGCUUGGCCUCUUUUUGACAGUGUCAUGAAGGGGAGGAGCAUAGUCAUUAUCACAUAAAGCCAGGGUGAAUAGCGUUUUCACAACUAUGGUGUCAGGAAUACAUGUUUGUAUUCCUGACACUAUAGUGUUCCUUUAAGCAAAUUAAAGAAACAUUCUGGCCACCAUAACAACUUCAUCUAAAUGAAAAUGCUAUGAUGCCAGGAAGCCCCUGGGUGCUCUCUUUCCUUUAACCCCUUAAGGACCAAACUUCUGGAAUAAAAGGGAAUCAUGACAUGUCACACAUGUCAUGUGUCUUUAAGGGGUUGAGGGCCUAAACCGCUCUCAAAUGGUUUAACCCCAAAGGCUUCCUCCAACUCCAGGUCACUCAGUGGUAUUCGGCUUCUGAAACGGAGUGUCAGGAAGUGCAGAUUGACGUCAGGCAUGGGUGCCGCUGAUUGGCUAGAGUUGACAGUUGACGCUCUAAGCCAAUCGCUAGUUCCCGGUUCAUAAAAUAUUUUUACUUUUUUAUGAAUGGGGAGCUACUGAUUGGCUUAGAGUGCCAGAUGACCGCUCUAGCCAAUCAGCAACACCCCUACCCAGCGGCACUCUGUGCUUCCUGACACUCAGUAAAUAAAAGUGAACACAUUAACACUGAUAUUUGUUUUUACCUGGGGAGAUGAGAAGGUCCAAAGUUUCCCUUCCAGGCCCAUGUACCAAAGCCUUAUGAUGUGGUGUCCAGAAUAAAGUGGAGGGUUCACUUCAUAUUAUUCUAUAUUUGGCUCCUUCUGCUCCUUUACCUUUCUGCUCCUUUCUGCUUAUUUUGCACCCUUCUGCUCCUUUCUCAUUCUGAUUCCUUUCUGCUCCUUGCAGACCCUUUCUGCUCCUUCUCCUACUUUAGCUUUGUGCUCCUUGCUGUCCCUUUCUGCUCCUUCUUCAACUUUACCUUUGUGCUCCUUCUGAUUCUUUCUGCUCCUUUACCUUUGUGCUCCUUCUGUCUUUUUCUGCUCCUUGCAGACCCUUCCUGCCCCUGCUCCUUGCAUACCGUUACUGCUCCUUGCUGCCCUUGCUCCUUGCAGACCUGUCCUGCUCCUUGCAGACCCUUCCUGCUCCUUGCUGACUCUUCAUUUAGGCUGUCCCCCCACCUCCCAUGCCUCACUUCCCUAAAUCUAUAAACUGCCCCCCAUGCCUCACAUGCCUAAUCUAUAGGCUGCCCCCCCAUGCCUCACUUGCCUAAUCUAUAAACUGUCCACCAUGCCUAACCUAUAGGCUGCCCCCCAUGCCUCCCUUGCCUAAUCUAUAAACUGCCCCCCCCAUGCCUCACUUGCCUUAACCUAUAGGCUGCCCAUGCCUCCUUGCCUAAUCUAUAGGCCUGCUGCCCCAUGCCUCACUUGCCUAAUCUAUAGGCUGCCCCCAUGCCUCACUUGCCUAAUCUAUAGGCUGCCCCCAUGCCUCCCUUGCCUAAUCUAUAGUAUAUUUUAACCCCCCCACCCCAUCCCUCACUUACCUGAUCUGUAGGCUAUCUCUGCCCCCCACCCCAUCCCUCACUUACCUGAUCUGUAGGCUGUCUCUGGCUGCAUGUGUUGCUCCCCUGCGGUUUCAAUAAGCAGAGAGAAGCAGGGAUAGAUGCAGCUUCCUAUCCCUAUCUCUCUCCAUACACCUACUGGCCGGUGCCUGUAUUGCAGUUCAUUUUAAAUCUCACACGAAAAAUAGCAGAACAAGCUGAAAAAUCCAGGGGGGCCCUCCUUUGUCCCCCCUCCCCCCCCUGCGGAUGCCCAUGGGUGUUGGUGUGAAACUAAUAACAGAAACCAUGUGAAAUUCUUAUUCACAUACCUGCUCCCUAACGAGUGGACCUCUGUGGUGUCUAGGUAGCGAGCCCAGGGUAACUUAAGGCGAGGGCUCAUGAGUGUGACAACUGUGGUGCAGGAUGGUUAUAGGACAGAUGAACCUUGAGGAACAAUUAACAAAAUUGGAUAACUUGCUAUGGCGUCUCAAGAUGGUGAGUGGGGCAGCUCCAUCCCCUGUUAUGUACGUGGGUCAAAUAGAUUGGGGGGGAUGGUCUUUGUCAAGGGAGGCAAUUGGGUCUUAUCUUGCCCAGUUUCGGCCAGUGCGGCAGUAUAGGGAGAGUGAGCCCUAAGUGUAGUUCAACUUUUAAACCAAACUAAGGCAUGAAUAAAAACAACUUAAAAGGAGGAGAGAGGGGACAAGUCCCAGCACCAAUAUUGCUGUUUUCAGGUGGUAGGUAUGCCUGUUGCUCCUCGGGAUGCAGGAGUGAACGGGACCAUGGUAUUCCAGGUGGUGGUAGUGGUCGAGCGAUAUGACCAGGUCCCACGGAGGACAGGAUAGCGUCCAUUUCAGAUGCUUCUGUGAUUCUGUGUUCUGCACCUUUGUGCUAGAAAAGUAAUCUUCAGGUGUUUCCACCUCCUCUUAUCCUCCAGUGCUGCUAGCUAUCUGUCAAAGUUCAUCUGAGCUGUGGUGAGGUCCCUCACAUGCUUCUGCAGGUCUAAGAUUUGGGAAGUAUGCUCUUUCACCGUUUGUUCCACUUUGGUUAAGCGGGCAGUGAACCCCCUGACAUCCUCCCGGACUUGGGAUAUGUCUGCAGAGAGGCUCUUUCGGAGGUCGGCCAGAAGGUUAGUGAGGUAAUCGGGGUUGAGCUACUUGCUGCCUCCAGAGCUGGCCAGGGGGGUCCCUAGAAGCCCAGGUCAGCUGAAUUAUGCAAGGUGACCUCAUCCAAGACGUCGGAGAAAUCAUCCAGCACAUCCACCAUGUCUGGCCCGCUCACACCGUGCGGCCUUCUAAAGAGCUCGCUAAUGUCAGCUGAGAACCUGGGCUGGUCCUGCCUCGGUUUCUUGUUAUUCUGCCCCAUAUUCUUGCGGGUACCGUCUGCUUUGAUUAGGGUGAUUUGAGCUCCAAAAAGGCUCCCUUUUAAAGACUUUAUCGUGCUUAGUCGACGGAGCUCCGCGGACAUGCGACCGCUCCGAUGGUGAGUUGGCUCCGCCCCCCCCUAAAGUGGAACUUUUGAUAGAUGUCCUGGGCUGAACCCUGCAGUGCUCAAUGUACUGCAGUGGUUAUGGUGCUUAGUGUUACUGUCAUUGUACACAUGUUUAGUGUAAAUAGGUGGUUAUCCUGUUUCUUAUCAAAGAUGGAGAGACACUUGCUGGGGGCUAUAGAAGUGUGACAGAGGUCAUGGUGUUCUUAUACUGGUUUAGUGGCAUUGAAGCUGCUUUAACAUCCUAAGGGAGGACAGCUAUCCUUGUAGAAGUGGUCCAGUGCCAGAGGUAUCAUAGGAAGAGUGGAGGUGAGUAUUAUUUUAAAACAAUGCACACAAAAUUGCAGAGAUAGCUCUGCUGGAGUGGAGGUAGCUAAUAUCUCCUGAAGCAAAUAUAUAUAUUAUUUUUUUCAAGCAUAUAAUAUUAUUAUUGCCAUUUGUAUAGCGCCAACAGAUUCCAUAGCGCUUUACAAUAUUAUGAGAGCGGGGAUUUAACUAUAAAUAGGACAAUUACAAGAAAACUUACAGAAACUAUAGAUUAAAGAGGACCCUGCUCAAACGAGCUUACAUAUAGAGGUGUUAUAAGUUAAAUUUAACCUGGCAGGUUCACUGUAAAUUUGUCUAGGUCUCUGGAAUGUCCGUUUUAACCCCUUGAGGACCGAUGACGGUUCAGGGCUAUCACCAGAAACAUCCCAUUGAGGACUGGUGACGGUCCUGAACUGUCAUAACGGUGUUAUGUACUUACCUGAUCGCUGUCGUUCCCCCGGUGGCGAUCGGUGUUGCUCCUGGUCCGGGGGGACUGCCUGACAGCCCAGGCAGUCUCCCCACUGCGAAUUAGGACCCUGCGGCCACGUGAUCGCCUGUAGGGGGACUGCCUGUGCUGACAGGCAGUCUCCCUGCAAGUGUAAAAUAAAAAAAAAAAGCAAUCAGCGUUAAAAAAAAAUAAUAUAUGUGUAUAUAUAUACACACACACACAUGUAUUAUAUCUAUAUAUAAUAUGUAUAUAUAUCUUAUCUAAUGUCAUACUAAGUGUACUUAUAUAUAUAUAUAUAUAUUAAUAUAAAAAUUCACUUAGAACUAAAUUACACAUGUGUAUAUAUAUAAUAUAUAUAAUAACUAUAUAUAUUGUAUAUACAUAUUAUUAUAAAAUACAAAUAAUAAGUAAAUUAAAAUAAACUAAAAAAAUGUAAAAAUAAUUUUUACAAAAUUUACAAAAAUUAUAUAUAUAUAAUAUAUAUAUAUGUAAUAUUUUAUAACGGUAUUUUGAUAUUAAUAUAUAUAUAUAUAUAUAUAUAUAUAUUUAUAUCAAAAUACACUUAGAAUGAAAUUAUAUAUAUCUAUGUAUAUCUAAAUAAAUCAAAAUAAUACAAAAUAUACAUAUGUCCAAAUACAAAAUUACAUAAAUAAUUUCAUAAAUAUACACGUAGACUUCAAAUAUAUAAAUAUGUAAAUAUUUAAAUUCUACGUGCGUAUUUAUGUAAUAUUUUAUACAUAAUAUACAUAAUUAAGUAAUUGUAUUGAUUGCAAUAUGAGGGUCCUGCCUGACAAAUCAGGCCGAAGUCCAGAGAAUUUAAUUUGCUAGCACUGUAUUUAACCAUGUAACUUACCAUGACACCCUAAAGCCUGUACAUGGGGGGGUACCGUUUUACUCGGAAGACUUCGCUGAACACAAAUAUUAGUGUUUCAAAACAGUAAAACGUAUCACAGCGAUGAUAUUUUCAGUGAAAGUGACGUUUUUUGCAUUUUUCACACACAAACUGCACUUUUACUGAUGAUAUUGUUGUGAUACGUUUUAUUGUUUUGAUACACUAAUGUUUGUGUUCAGCAAAGCCUCCUGAGUAUAAAAGUACCCCCCAUGUACAGGUUUUAUAGUGUUUGUGAAAGUUACAAAGUUUAUAGUGGUCCUCCAUUAUCAGUUAGUUCUAAGUAAUUUAUUUUAUCCCUCUUCCUUUGACAUAGAUACAAAUUCCUUUGCUGAUUUCUUGUUCCCCAGGUGGAGUAUUUAGUAAAAAUUACUCUUUAAAAUAAAUUCACAUCAAAAUAUAUCUUAACCUGGAAUGGUGAUUUGGUUAGUACAUUCUUAGCUCAAAUGUAUUUCUCUAACAUAAGAAAUCAUGUAAUGCAGAUUAUGGUCUAAGUUUUAUAUUUAUGUAUGAUUUAUUUGAUUCAAAGAUAUAAUCUAUAUAUUGGACUGUGUGUUCCAGACAUCAGUAAUGUAAAUAAUUUUUAAUCAUUGAAUCUGAAUAUUAUAGCUUUGGAUAGGGUGAAGAAAUAGUACUAAUCUCAAUUUAUCUGUAUGUACCUGUUUUAUGUGCUUUUUAAAAAAUAAAUCCUUCUCUUUCUCCAGUGGUCAGGGUGUCCUCUUGGAAGGAACUCUGGUGGAUUUUUCGCGUCACAGUAUUACAGACCCCAAAGGAAAGAAGGUGAGUAAUGUACUGAAUGUCUCUUUUUUUGUUUCUCUUUUUCUUGUUAGUUAAUUUUAAAAAGAUGUCUACAUUAGACCUGUCACCUGAAAGGAAAAACAUAUAUAUUAGAUUAGCCAGGGCAUCAAAGGAACACUACAGACACCUGUAUUGAUAUAAAUCAACUUUAGCUUAAAUCAGUCCAUCAGAUCAUCUCCCUGGGGUCCAGUGGGGAAUAGAUCUUUUACUUCGUCUCUGAUCUCUCCAGCGCUCUCUGUAGUGAUGCAGGGGCCGAAGUGACAUCAUAUGCAUUACUACAGAGGGCGUGCAUGAGAGCACAGAGCAACUGGAAACACUUCAGCAGUCUCUCACCGACCCGGCCUGAUGUAUAUCGGUAGAAAAGACACCUGCCUACUCUGCCUUGCUGAAUGAGUGUCUGCUUCGUGGGUGCUCUAAGGUGGCCAGGCUGCCACCUUGUGGCCCCUCAUGAUAGGCCAUCAGCCAGCUCCUUGCAGCACCCCAACCUUCAGGCCGGUGGCACGAGGAGCUGUGUGAAAAAUGAUACCUCAUGUGUGCUCCCUUGAAAAUGGGUGUGUGCGCGCACAAGCGCACAUCUUAGAGGGAACAGUGCCUUUGACAUUUUUCUAGAUGAUAAGUCCUACUCGGCCUCCUCCCCUAUGACACCAACAGGCACCAACUUUCAAUCUGUUCAUAUAUGUUCCUUUGGAAAUGUGCAAGCCACCCUCACUAAAGGAAUAUUUACAGAGACUGCAAAAUCACAUGCUUUAGUUUCUCUAGAGGAGAACAGGAGAACCAUCUACAGAGGGGUUUUCCUAGUAUUUCCCAGGAUUAAUGUGCUGUUGGCGUAGCUCUAUAUGCCAAGAAUUGAAAGACAGGGAAGGAUCAUAUUUUUAUUUAGAUUUUUAAGACAGUUUUUUACAUUUGCUUACAAUUCUGUCAGCACAAUGUAUAGAUGUAUAGGUUAAAUGUACUCUAUAGGCACCCAGACCUCUCCAUCUCAAUGAAAUAGUCUGGGUGCAGUGCUCCUGGUAUUUUAGUCCUCCGAUGUAAAACAUUGCUGUUUUGUAGAUACAACUGUGCUUUUAUUGCAGGGCUAAACACACCUCUAAUGGUUGUCUUCCUGAUAGCCACUAGAGGGUGCUUACGCUACGUUAACCGAAUCAGACUUGUAUAUUACAUGAACAUGUAGUAUACUCUUUACCAUGUACUAUAAUUGUGCAAAAUUAUAGUGUGAGUUAAAAAUGAAGUCCUAAAUUGUCUGUUUUUCAGAAUUUGGUUAUAUGUUUUAUUUGUAUUCAUGUUUUUUUUUUCCAUUACAAUUUGCCAGUUUCAGUUGUUUUGUAAAUGUACGGACAGUAUAAUCUUUACUAUUUCACGAGUAGCUUUUCCUAAACCUGUAAAGUUGCACCUAGUGAGAUGUGAGAAGAAGAGGAGAACUUGAUCACUGGAAACAAUUUUAACAUUCUGGCUUUGCCUUCAGGGAGAAAUGUCACAAGUUAAAGUAGUCACUUGUCUAACAUGACCAUAACUUCCAAAUAGGUCACAUUUUGGCAAAUUGAAAUAUAGAAUUUAACGAAACACUGUACCGUUAGGAAUACAUAUCUAAAAUAUCAGCGCUACAGUCAUGAUGGCCCUUGUGAUUUAGCACCUUCCCCAGCUUUACAAAAAAACAAAACCCUGAAAUAAAAUAAUAAACAAAUUACUCACAUUUUCUCCAGCACUGAGUCUCCCUCCUUGGGGUUACCCCAUCCUGGAGGAUGACGGGUUGAUCCCAUGCUCCUCAUAGAGAAGCAUUGGGUAACGUAAGCGAAUGCCUCCGUAGAGAAUCAUUGUACUAUUUAGUUUAAUAUAGGAUUUUGGGGGGUAGGACAGGGUGGUCAGCACUGAAGACACUAUAACAACUUCAAUAAGAUUACAGUUUACCUUCAUAUAUACUGAAACCAAAUUUAUGCUGUUUUAAGCUGUCCAGGAUCAGUCAAAACUGAAGGAUUAAUUUUUUUUAAUGCCUUAGUGUUGUGUUCAUUAAUAAUAAUAUUCUUAAAUUGCUGUAAUUUCUGACCUCUUAUUACAACAGUAUAAUGUUUACGCUGUCUCCCUUAUAAAAAGUAUUACAAUACAAAAUAACUCUGCCUUAGGAUUCUCAAGGAUGGAGUUGGAUUGUCAACCAAAAACAUGUUUUUAUUUGCAUUGUUUUCAACCCAGGAGCGCUGGUACAUCCUGUACCUGAAACCUGACAAAAUACACCGCAGGAAGUUCGAUAAUAAAGGAAAUGAAAUUGAACCCAACUUCUCUGAUACUAAAAAAGUUAACACAGGGUACCUGAUGUCUUCUUACAGUAAGUAAGAAUCUGCUUUCACCUUUACAGCAGGUCCAUCACUUUGUGUCUUUCACAUUUCUAACAAACACACAAACAGAUAAAAUGUCCGCAAAACAAAUAUAGUGUUUAAACUUAGCCAGAAGUGCUGGAGUUCUAAUAUUCUGUACCUUCCUGCAACUCUUGGAAAAAUCAUUUGCCAGGAUGUGUCACUCUCAUGGCUUUGAUGUGUCAUUCUGCCAUUAGAUUUGGUUGCAGAGGUGGUGUGGGAGGAUGCCAAUCCUGUGAGUGUAACACCAUCAUAAAUACACUCUGGUGUGAAUAGCGCCCUGAGUCUGAUUUAAAGCAUCUAAAACAUCGGUGUGGCUUGCUGUUGGCAGUAGCUUUUACACUCAGGAUAAUGUUUAUUAUUCAACCCACGUGGAAUUAAUAAAUGUUUAGUAUUGUCUGCUUGUCUAAACAAUACAUGCCAUAUGCAUUUUUGUUUUAUGUUCAUCAGAGGUAGAGGCUAAAGGUGAAACGGACAAGCUAUCAGCAGAGGACCUGAAACAGCUGGUAAACAAGACGUUACUUACAAAGAUCACUGAGAGAUUGACUCCGCCUGAUACCCUGGCAUUCUGGUUACCAGAAUCUGAUGUGGAAAAAACUGAGCUUGAACUGGGUGAACAGCUGCGAGUGAAAACCGUGGGAGAUGGACCCUUUUUAUGUGGGUAUAUUGUAUGCAUACUAACAAUACAAAGACAAACAGGGUACUUAUUAUUUAUGCUUCCACCAACCAGCAUAAGAAUUCCUUUGUUAGCAACAAACAAGAGACAGGAGCUGAGUAGACACGACAAAUGUGUUACUUAGUGGAACCUGCGGUCUUCCUGGCAGGAAUAAUAGAAAUCGCGUUUUUUGUUUAGAUACAACCUUUAGUUCAGUCUGUAACAUUACAUCCUUUUCCUCCUAAACAAAACAUCAUAUUAAUUAUUCAAGUGUUUACAAUGUUAUUGCAGUACAGACUCUGUCUUCCUUCUGUAACUGCAAAACGUGCUAAUAAAUAUCUCCUGAGUUGAGAAAUUAAAUUGGGCUGAGUCCUUUUAAAGAUAAGCUAUGUCCAUGUUAAAUCCGUUGCCCGUACACCAGAGCAUUAAUGUACCAUUUCUAUGCCCUUCCUUUAGCAGUAGUUAGUAAUAUUGAAAAUGUCGUAUGUAAAAGCUCUGUAAACACAGAUUACUAGUUUAUUGCUCUCUAAUUCUUCCCCUAUCCAUCAGCUACCGUGGAAACAGCCUCGUAAACUGCAACUGCAGAUGGAUGAUGUUAGAAUAGAAAAAGCAAAGUUUGCAAACAGGGUUUUAUUACUGUUCUAACUGAAAUGAAGAAAGAUAAAUCAUAUAAACAUAAUGCAUUUUUUUGUGAAUAUUUUUAUUUUCUAUAAUGUAGUGAUUGACCUGACAUUGAAUAUUCUUUUCAGUUUCUCUAGCCAAAGUUGAUGGUGGAACAGUGACAAAAUGCAACUUUGCUGGUGAUGCUCAUACUGGAGCUUCCUGGACUGAUAAUAUAAUGUCCAAAAAAUCUCAAAGCAGUUCUCCAAAAUUGGAGCGGAGAGGGCAAGGGGAUGGAGCAGAAGAUGAUGAAUGGGUAUGAAAACUGCAUUUAACUGUAAACUGAUUCCAUCUUCGGAAGAGUCUCAUGUUUCCUCCAGGAGUUGGGUUCCAAUUGCUUACUCUGUCAAUAGAGAUAAAUAACUAAUCAAACUCUUAUUGGUUUAAAAGAAGUUCACAUUUUAAAUAAAUGUCCCUUUUUGUUUUCAAAAUGUUCAUAUUAAAGAUUUGUUAUUACGCUGCAAAAUUAAUCAUCCUACAUCAAUAGACAUUUGCUGGUAGGUAGAUAAUAUUUUAAUUAUCCUUAAUGGGGCUUGUGAUGGUGGUCCCAGGAUCUACAUCUUCAGUCACCCAACAGUUCAGCGCCUGUACAGACCUACUGAAUAACAGAGAAGGGUGAGAUGACUGGAGUGUGCUGUUAAAUAUAGAUUUUUAGUUUUAGCCAGACAAUUUCUUACUGUACGAGCAUUACGCCCACGGUUUCUACACCAGAUAUUGUAAUAUACUAUAUAAUUCAGUGUAAUGUAUAACAUCCCUAUGUUUUUGUAAAAAUCAUGUAAAUUGGCUUAAUAUAUUUUAGGAAUCCAUGUACAGAAUUCUAUACAUGGAAUUGCUGUUUUGUCUAAAUGUCAUGUGCCAAGCAUCACACAUAUCAAUGGUUUUACAACGUGCUUGGUGUCCGCUGGGCGUCAGUCAUUUCCUCCAUAAGAACCAUAAGCUCUCUGCAUUGAGCUGGUGAUGCAGGGCUUAGCUAAUUAGUUAAAUUUAAUGUCAAUUUCAAAUUUUAAGCCGUAAGGGAAAAGUUCCCCAAGUCCGGUAUGUUUUCAGUUUGGCUAUUUUGACAUAAAAUUUGAACUUCACUUUGACUUCAUCUUUUACACUUUACAGAAUAACAGUACGUGGAGUUUCCACAAUUUUGGCCCUCUUCUAUAUGACUUCUGUAAUAUUUCUUCUAAAAUUGAACAAGUGCCAACCUUGACAAUGUAUAUGUGUGUGAACUAAAUCUCCAUUUCUUGAAAGGUUGGCUUCUUAGAAUAAAGGAAAAUGUAGCUCACUUAAAUAUAUGGUGCCAAGAUUAGUCUUUAUUAAGAUUUGAUCAUUUCAAAUAUUUCAGCCACUUUUCAUGAAUCAAAUUUUAAAAUCCUCUCCUGGUUGCAAACAUGACUGAAUCUUGUAAUUAAAUGCAUAUAGACAUGUAACAUGCUACAAAGGUGGCAUAACCACCUCUCCAUAUAUUCUGGUAACCCAGCUCCCAUCAUCCUAAGUGAUUUAACCAAAGGAUCAGUAUUUUCAUCUAGGUUCGCUGUAAAUUAUUAUUAUUAUGCAGAUUAUACCUGUGUAUCAAGGCUGUCUGUUUUCUUUCUCAUGUUGGUUGUGAUAACUGACAGUCUGUUUCUUCUAUUCUAGGAUGACUAAGGAAAAAGGAGAAAUACUCUGUUAAAGAAUGAAUAAUGACCAAACUGCUCAUUCAAGUUGUUUUUGUUAAAAUUAAGAUGAUAUGUUUGCUUCCUCCUGGGAAUAUUCCAAGUGUCCCUCUACAACAAAUAUCUAUUAAUGUAUAAUACAUAUUUCCUAAUGUUUAAAUGUUUGUCUGCAAUUGUAUCGUGCAUUUUGAUGACUUUUUGUUCAGUCUGAAUACAUUUUCUGUGAAGUAUUUUAUAUGUUCCAAUAAUAAUAAUAAUAAUAAUAAUUAUUAUUUUUUAAUUGUAUAUUUUAUAUUUUGAAACUGCCUACCAAACUAUUCAGGUAGAAGAUCAAAUAUAUGCUUUUCAGUAAGUCAGUAGUAAGGCUGGCUGAGCAUCAUAAGAUGUGUAGUUCGUAAACCUGUGCAGAGCCAAGGCUUGUAUAUUUUAUAUUUUGAAACUGCCUACCAAACUAUUCAGGUAGAAGAUCAAAUAUAUGCUUUUCAGUAAGUCAGUAGUAAGGCUGGCUGAGCAUCAUAAGAUGUGUAGUUUGUAGACCUGUGCAGAGCCAAGGCUUGUCUUCAAUGCUAUAUAUUGUACUAGAAGGUUAGUCUAAUAGUUUAGAUUGAUUAGUCACACAUGGCUGUUAGAGCUUAGUAAAGAGAAUUCUGCUAGUAAGGAAUCACAUGUUGUUUGACUAUGUUAAUGAAUAUCUAAUGUAAACUGCAACACUGAUGUAAGUUUUCUAUAUUUUUGGGAAUCAGGAAUUUUAUAAUUACUCAAAUAUGCUUUACUGAUGAAAGGAUAUUUUUGUAAAGAGUUUUUUUCCCCCUCUCGUUCUUAACAAAUAUUGUUGCCUCAUUAUUUGAUAAUUUAUGUGCAAUGUGAACCAGGAGUUGGUAGCGCAUGUUUAUAUAACAAUGUGUGUGUACACAAAAAUGUAAGCACUUCCACGUAAACAUUUUAUAAUCUUUGUAAUAUAAUAAUAAUAAAAUAUAUUGAAUCAAUGUUUGUUAAAAUUUGUAUUAGCAUUGCUAAAUUUGUGCAAUCACAAAGUAUUCAAACGCCUUCAUUUUAUUUCCAAAUUUUUUUAAUGUUGCAGCCUAAUGCUACAGUUGCUUAAAUUAUUUUUCAC